AAUAUUGCAGUUGUGUAGAGUGGCUGCUAAAGUCAUUCACGUUGUUAUAAAAUGUACGCGUGAAGCAAAUUUGUUAUAGUAUGCUUAUAAACUUAUAACAUUAGUGUAAAAAUGGCAGAACAGGAGCCUGGCAGUGAAAAUCAGGAUGUUAAACUUUUAGGGAUUCUGGACGUUGGGAAAAUUCCUUGUGCAAGAGAAGCUAUUCUCUAUGGUGCUGGAGGAUCUGCUGUUGCAGGACUAGUGCACUUUUUGGCGACUAGCAGAGUGAAGCGCUCAUUCCAUGUUGGCAUGGCUGGAUUCAUGCUCACAACACUGGCUUCAUGGUUCUCGUGUCGGUAUAACAAUGCAAGACUGCGGAUGCAGCAGAAGAUGAUUCAGGAGGGAAUUAAGAAUAAAGUUAUUUAUGAGGGGACGAGUCAUGAUCCUACACGAAAAGCAGGAGAUCGGUGAAGUCACAGUAUUUACUCCUGUGACCUUUACAUUGAUUUAUCAGCUAAACAGCGGUUUGUUCAGUGUAAUGCUGAAGCUUUGACGAAGCUGUUGCAUUAAAAAUCUGUUUAUACGAUGAAGUCAAUAUUUGACUAAUGGGAAAAAUAUAAUAAUAGGAACACAA